GCAAGCUAAGAAAGCUGCGAGUAUUCCACCACAGAUUGCACAGGAGGCAGAGAAAAUGCUGAAUGAAAUGAAGGAACUGCAGGCUGAAAUUGAAUGUAUCGAACUGGAAAUUAGGAAGAGAGACACUCAAAUUGCAACAUCAAAGUCUGAGAAGGAACUUUUACACAGAAAUCUUUAUUCAGCACAAGAGUCUAGUUCCAGAGAGAAGAGAUUGUUGAUAGAGGAAAUGGUCCAACUGAAGAAACAAAAGCAAAUUGCUAAUCAGGACAUUGCUUAUAAGGAGUCUGAACUGGUGAAAAUCAAACAGGAACUGGAAAGGACAAAUGCUGCAGCAAAAGAUGGAAAACAUCAAGUCUGGUUGCUAGAGAAACAGCUUAAUCAGCAUGUUGAGAAGCACCAAGCGGCAGAAGUUCAGCUUGAACAAAAGAAGCUGGAAUUGUUAAAGGCCCAAGUUGCCCUUCAUCGGUGUGAGGAGGAAUACUACACUAGUACUGUGUCCAUGCAAGACCACAUUGCGAGAGACCUCCGAAAUGAAAUUAGUAGUCUGCAGCAAAAGCUGAGGGAGCAAGAGGUAUUAGCAGAAGAAGAAAAGUUUCUCAGAAAUAAAGAGGCUGAUGACUGUAGCCGCUUGACAAAAGAAAAUGCCAUUUUGCACUCUCAGGUGAUGGAACUAACACAAGAUGUGGAGAGGGCUCAAGCAGCUCGAGAUGAGAAGAAUUCCCAGCAUUCAAAUAGCAUCACAGAAUUAAAGUCUCUAAAAGAGAAUGAAAGACAACUUGAAUUGGAACUAGCCUUUUUAAAAAGAGUUAUUGAGGAAGAGGAGGAGAAGGUCAUCAGUGCCAUGGAGCAGAUUCGACGUCUGGAGCAAGGGAAGAGUUCUGCAGCACUGAACAGGCAAUCACUUCAGAACCAGCUAGUUACAUUGGAGAAACGACAUUCCAGUAUCCAGCUGGAAAUCUCCCAUCACAAGAGAGAGAAAAACAGUUUAGUCGAACACAUCUCUGAAUUACAUAAGCAGAUCUCUGAAAAAGAUGCUGAACUUCUUCGAAUGAAGGGAUACAUUGAUACACUAGCUCAGGACCUGGGUGUCCUGAAAUCACAACUCAAGAUGGAAAGUUCUCUUCGGUCAAAAAGUUGCAAGGAAAUUUCUAGCGUUGUUGACACCAUGCAACAAGUUGCAAAUACUAUAAACAGAAAGAAUGUUAAAAUCACAUCAAUUCUUCCCUAAUUUUUCAAAAUGAUGCAUGUUAUUUUAAGGCUCGUGUAUUUACUCCAAAAUGUUCAGGUUUUUAAAUUGGCAUGGGGCAUAAAGUUUUCAACCUUGAAUUAAAAUUGAAAGAAAAUAAAACCAGACAGGAUAAUAUGAUAUUUUUUAAUGUUUUAAAUAUUACAUGUACAGCUAUUCUCUUUUUGCUGACAUAAUUUUUGAAAUAAUUUUUGGUAUUUGUUUACAAAGCCCUAGAUUGCAAAAAUAAAAGCAAGUACAAAUAUCAUUCUAAGCUCAGAAUUUUAUCACUUUGGUUAAUUUGCACCCCAUGACUGCUUUAUCUCAAAUACUUUUCUAUUUUCUCCUCCAUAAUAUCAAUUCUAUUCCUCACUGCUUGAGUUUAUCUGGCAUUCGAGCAUUUUACAUCUACAAACUCAACUAAACAAUAGAGGAGGCUAGCUUUUGGCUGGUCACUCAUCCACAUAUCUUAGUACUCAUCAGAAUGGGAUUGAAAAUUUAUAGCCUUUGCUAUCCUAAUACUUGAUAGUUUAUGCAAUCACUUUGUAUAUCUUCAGCACUGAUUACUGUGUUAUGUAAUACCUUGUGUCUUAUUUAUCAGAUAUGAUAGGCUUUCUAGGUCUAAUGGAAAAAUUGAAUAUUUGGGGUUAAGAACUGAUACUCCCUUCCACCUAUUUAAAAUUAGCCAGUCUGUUACCUUAGGGAUAUUUGCAGUGCCUUCCAGGGUGGAUACUGCUUCAAAGAUUGAUUUGAUAUACCUACCAUAUCUUAUUUCCUGUUAUUAAUUUGUCAGCCUCGUUCUCUAGAUGUCCCAACCCCGCCUUCCUAUUUAUGCAUGCAUAGAAACUUUUACGUACAAGUUUUCCGACCAAAGCAAUUUUUUCUUUUAUCAUCAGCUUUUUAGACUUUCACUGCUGAAUCCAAAAACAACUUUCCAGUGCUGUGGCCUACUACCAGCCCACGAAACUUUGUAUUUUCUACUUUUCAAUUAAGUAUUAUCCUUGACUUCCUUUGUUUACUACAGAUUGUGCCUCUUUCUCACAGACUUUUUUUAAAAAUUGGAAUAAAUUCCUGCGAAGUGUUACAGUCUAGCUGAUUGAAUAUCAUCAACUGACUUGUCCCUUAAGCUUAUUUUCCAAACCACUUCAAGUUCACCUUCAGGUCAUUAUACCUGCUCUUAUUAAAUUGAGUUUAGUUUCGCAUAGAACAUCAAGUACUACAGAAUCAGAAAAAGGCGCCUUGGCCUACAACAUCGUGCCUUACUAAACCACUUCCUCUGACAAAAUGCCCAUAUCUCUCCAUUCUCUGCACAUUUGUGUGCCUAUUUAAGAGCCUCUUAAACACCUCUGUCAUAUUUGCCUUCACCACCAACCAUGGCAACGCACUUCCAGACACCCAUCGACUUGUAAAAGAAAAACUUGCUCUGCACUUCUCCUUUGAAUCCCUCUCUCAGCUUAAAUGCAUGACCUCCAGUAUUUGAUAUUUCAAUCAUGGUAAAAAUAUGCCAACCACCUAUCUAUGCCUCUCAUAAUCCUAUAAACUUCUAAUAAGUCUCCAUCACAACCUCUGCUACUCCUGAGAAAACAAUCCAAGUUUUCCAACAUCUUCAUAUAGCACACAGUCAUAGUCAUACUUUAUUGAUCCCGGGGGAAAUUGGUUAAUCACAAGAUCACAAGACAAAGGAGCAGAAGUAGGCCAUUUGGCCCAUCAAGUCUGCUCCGCCACUCCACCAUGGGCUAAACUAUUCACCCAUCUAGUUCCAAUUUCCGGCUUUUUCCCCAUAUUCCUUGAUACCCUGACUAAUUAGAUACCUAUCACUCUCCUCCUCAAACACCCUCAAUGAUCGGGCCUCCACAGCUGUAUGUGGCAAUGAAUUCCAUAAGUCCAUGACCCUCGGGCUAAAAUCUUAUUUGAGAUUACCUCAAAAAAUUCCAAUAGGUUGGUGAGGCAGGAUCUUCCCUUCAUGAAACAAUGCUGGCUUGUGCCUAUCUUGUCAUGCACCUCGAGGUAUUUCAUAAUCCAGGCAGCAUCCUUCCUAUAGUGGGGCAACCAGAACUGCAUGUAAUAUUGUAGAUGUGAUCUAACCAGAUGUUUUAAAGCUGCAACAUAACUUCCUGAUUCUUGAACUAGCUCAACAAAUAAAGUCAAGUAUGUCAUAUGUCGUCUCUAUCACACUACCAACUUGUAUAAACACUUCCAGAGCGCUACGGACUUGGACCCCAAGAUCCCUCUAUACAUCAACACUGUUAGUGCCCUGCCUUUAGAUUUGAUCUUGCAAAGUGCAACAUCUGACAAAUUGGUCAGUUGGUACUCUAUCUUCUAUUACUCCACGCUUUGUUUCACUUGGAACAUUGUAUAGCCUAGUCCUGGUCACCCUGCAACAUCUCUAUAACAGCAACUUAUGAAUUUGAUCUAAAAGCUAUCUGUACUGUCAAGACAUAUUAUUGCAAAUGCUAUCUGUAUUCAAAUAAAGACUGCUAAUUUAAGUCUGGGCUUGCUCUGUUCUGCAAACUUUAGGUUACAUUUUCUGCGCAUUUAAAACCUAGUUAAUAAGUUGUUACUCUGUACCCUCCCAAAGUUUCUACAUUUCAACAUCCAUUUCUUAGAAACAUAGAAAACCUAGUUUGUUAUUUAUAAAACUGAGAUAACACAACUUCAACUGCACAUUAAAGUCACUAUCCUAUCUAAUAAAAAAAAGACACAAAGUCUUAAAGACAGUAACACUUAGAAUUCUCUGCCACAGGAAGCAGUGGAGGCAAAGUUGUUACACAUUUUUAAUAAAAUAAGAGUAUUUCUUAAUGCUUUAAAGGAUAUGUGGAUCAGCAAAUACAAAGGGCAGAAUGGAUUACUACUGUUGAUGAUUUGUUUCUGAUAAACGUGAAUAAUCUAAGAGCUGGUAAAUUAGUAGACAUAUACUAUGCAGUAAAGCAGCCAGCAAACUCAAGGACCCCAUCCAGCCCAGACAUUCUCAAUUCUCUCCAUUUUCCUCAGGCAGAUGAUAGAAAUAUUUGAAAGCACAUAAGACCAAGCUCAAAGGUAGCUUAUAUCCCAUUAUUAUCCGACUCCUGAACAGACCUCUUGUACUAUAAAAUGGACUUCUGGUCUCACAAUUUACCUUACACUAUAAUUUACAGUUGCAAGCAAAAGUUUGUGACCCCUUUGCAAUUUCCUACUUUUCAGCAUUCAUUACUCAUAAAAUGUGGUCUGAUCUUCAUUUUACUUACAAUAAUAGACAAACUCAAUCUACCUAACCUAAUAACACACAAACUAUUGUACUUUUCAUGUCUUUAUUGAACACAUUGUUUAAUCAUUUGCAGUCCAGGCUGGAAAAAGUAUGUGUAUUUAAUAACUAGUAGAAUCUCCCUUAGCACCAAUAACCUUCACCAAAUGGUGAAGAGGAAUUUUAGAUCAUUCCUCCAUACAGACUGUUUCAGUUCAUCAAUAUUUCAGGGAUACCUUGCAUAAAUAGCCUUCUUCAGGUCAUGCCACAGCAUCUCAACUAGGUUAAGGUCUAGACUGACUUGGCCAUUCCCAUUCAAAAAUGUUCUUUUUAAACCAUUAGUGUUGAUUUACUUUUGUGUUUUGGAUCAUUGUUUUGUUGCAUCAUCCAACUUCGAUUAAGCUUCAUUCUCCUGUAAAAUGUCUUUAUACAAUUUUGAAUUCAUUGGUCCCUCUAUGAUUGCAGGCCCUGGGGCAGUGAAGCAGCCCCAAACCAUGACUCUACUUCCAUCAUGCUUAACAGUUAGGGUGAGGUUUUGGUGUUGAUGUGCAAUACCACCCUUUCCCCCAAAUAUAGUAGUGUGCAUUUCUGCCAAAAAGUUCAACUUUUGUCUCAUCUGUCCACAAAACAUAGUGGAACAUCCAGGUGGCCUUUUGCAAACUUGAGACGUGCAUUUUUUUUGGAGAGUAGUGGUUUUUUCCCUGGUGUUCUUCAAUGAACACUGUUCUUGUUCAGUGUUGUUCUUAUAGUAGGCAUAUGAACAGACUUUAGCAAGUUCUAGAGAUUUAUGCAGGUCUUUUGCUGUUACUGUUGGGUACUUUUACACCACCUCCUUCAUUGCAUUGUGCUGUUGGUAUGGUCUUUGCAGGACACCCACUCCUAGGGAGAGAGUAGCAAGAAUAUGGAAUACUUCCAUUUGCAGAGUUUCUCUUACUCUGAUCUGAUGAACACCCAGGUCUUUAGAAAUGCUUUUGUAGCCCUCAUGCAUCUUUACAAGUCUUCUUCCAAGGACCUCUGAAAGUUGUUUUGAUCGAGGCAUGGUGUCCAUACAGAUCUUUCUUGAGCAAAGCAGGCCCUCAGUAACCUUUGCGUGUCUUUUUUUAAAUAUAGGACAGGGUACCUCUACAACACAUACCUCCAAUCUCAUUGAUUGGAACAACGGACUCCAAAUUGUUUUUGUUUUUAAAGACAUUACCCCAGAGGUUCACAUAUUUCUUUUGAACCAAGAUUGAGUUUUUUAAAUGGUGUACUCAAAACUGAUGAGUACAUUUGUUUGUACGUUAUUAGAUUAGGCAGAUUGUGUUUGUCUAGUAUUGUGACUUAGAUGAAGAUCAGACCACAUUUUAUGAGUAGUUAAUGCAGAAAAACAGGUAAUUGCCAAGGGUUCACAAACUUUUUUCUUGCAAUUGUACCUGCACUGCACUUUCUUUGGUAGCUUUUACACUUUAUUCUACACUUCCUGGUUUACCUUAUUGUAGUUCAAAGUACUGUGUAAUGAUUUGAUCUACAUGAACAGCAUGCAAGACAAUCUUUCCACUGUAUCUUGGUAUACAUGACAGUAAUGAACCAUUAGAACAAUUUUUUUUGGAUUAAAGGCUAAGAAGCAAUUUGAAAUGUCUUAAAAUGUUAGUGAGUUUUAAAGCAUUCUUGCAUGUGGUGACACUGACAAGGCAAUUUUACCAAUCCUUGCCAGAACUAGAUUUGUGCUUUGUGUAAAAAUAACAGUUUACACAUAUGAUAUUAAUGAAUGAGAAUAGGGAAAUACUUCCAUCGGGGAAGAAAAUUUGAGAUGAUCAAUUUACAGCUUUAAACCUUUAACAUGAAAGGAUUCUUAACUUCUCCCUCCACUGGAUUUUCCACCAUGGCAUAUUUUGCACAAAGGCAUAAGUAGCUAGCAGGAUGUGCUUUUUAAAAAGUCAAUACUUAAAAGUAGAUGUAGAUACAAAACUAUAGAACAUGGCACUAGAAUAAGAUUGUCAUUGUUCUGUUAGUGUCAGAACUAGUAACCCUGUGCUAAUGUCUUUUUAUAUGCUGUAGAUCUGUAUGGUUGCUUUUCCAAUUCCAAUCUUCUUUAUGUGAAAGAAGCCAUUUCCUUUUCCAUUGACUUACACAAG